GAAAUAGCAAGUUUUACGAAAAGAAAAUAUCGGGGAGGAUAUUCACAGAAAAAUCAAUUGACAGUCGUCCUGAUACAAAAGAGAGGGACAGAACUCCAUUCGAAGACCAAAGUAUGACCUUUAUUGGAACGUCAAGGUCAAAGGUCACAUUUCGAUUUUGGGGCAAGGCCAGCUAUGAGUAAAAAGGGCACACUGACUUCGCGGACUCUGGAGAAGCUUGGUUUUGGUUCUUUGUCAAGGUUGCGUACCAGUUCCCAGCCCAAUGCAGCUGGGCUCCAACCCAAGUCCACUUCUUCUGUGCCAACUAUCACUGGGGGAGAACUAGAUCUACCAGCUGAGCUAGUGUCACGUUUUUCUGUGGACAGUUUCGAAUCGCUCGGCACUAAGGAGCAGAAGAAGACAUUAAGAGAGAAAAUUUGGGGGCCAAAAUCUGAAGCCGGGUCCACAAGCAAGAAAGGACCUCGUAGGGGACGGAAUAGAAACAAGAAAGAUGGGAAGGCAAGUUCCAUGUUCUACUUGGACGAUGACAAAGACUCGUUCACGAAGGUAACAAGCGUUGCCUCAACCGCAUCCCUUGGCAGUAUGCAGGAGAAGAGAAAGUCACAGCCAGAUGGCACGCUGCAGUACAAAGUGGAGGACAGUGGUGAUACACUGGAAAAGGUGGCGGCACACUUCGACACAACGCCGUCAGAGCUGAAGAAACUCAACAAACUCUUCUCUUCAACAAUAUUCCAGGGACAGAUUUUGUUUGUUCCGGACAAGGAAGCCAAUUCCCGGACAUUUUCAGUGUCAUCGAACGAGGACUCAACGACAGGGCUCAGCGACAGCGUGUUUGGAAGCCCUGUCAACAAACCCAAAAUGGAUGUGCCACUGAUAAAGUCUGGAAACAGUUCACCCACGAAAGUUCCCGGCCAUGCUGAGAGGCAGACACCGGUCAACUCUCCAAAGGAUUUUGACUUUGAGGAGAUAGGCCCACCGCACAAGUUGUCCGAGGAUGAGGUUCAACAACUGGAUCAGGACUGCAUGGAGCGGUUCAUCAAACUGAGGGUCAAGCACAUCACAGAUGGGCAGACUCAUAUGGCAGUUGCGGGAAAGGGUGUUGUCAAGGGAACACUUUUGGUGACACCUAACGCUGUCAUGUUCGAUCCAGAUGUUUCCGAUCCUCUUGUCGUGGAGCGUGGAGGCGAAAAGUAUGGUAUGAUUGCGCCCAUGGAUAUGAUCAUCAGCGCUGCAAUGUACCAUGAUAUUGCUGCCAUGAAAAUUAGAGGAAAGAAAAUGGAGGAUGGAACGAAGCUAGAGGUUUACCAUGACAAAUCUUGUCCAUUGGCCAAGGAAAAACUACUGACCUCGCAACAAAUAGACCAGGCUAAAACUUCUCCAGUUAUUCCUAAAGACUUGCAAGAAAUCCUCAGAAACCCGUUGAUUAAGUCUGAAAGUGUUUGUAGUUGUGGUCAUGGAGCUACUGAUAAGCUUGGUAGGCUGGAUUCUGUGUUUGAAGAUACUACAGAUGUGACUGAUGGGGUUGAGAAUAAGGGAGGCAACUCACUUGAGUCAGGGGAAGCAACAACUAGUCAAGAACAGGAUAGUGGCUUUGUGGGAGAUUUAUCUGAGAGUAGGGUUGAUGAAGGUUGUGAUAAAUAUACUGGAAAUGUGGAUCAGGGUGUUCAGGAUGGGAGGAAUGUUGCUAAAAGUGUUGAUAAUGCUUCUGGAGAUGUUGGAGAUAAUGGCUCAUGUCCAACUGGGGAUUUAAUUGACCUAGGGGUAGAGAGUGAGCCUGCUGGUGCUUCUGCUAAAACUAGUCCAAGGUUAGGUAAACCUAACAAGAGAUUGUCUGUGUCUUUUUCACUACCAGAAACUGAUAACAAUACGUCUCCCACUCGGAAAAAACCUGAUUCGGGCAUUGAAGAAACGGCUGAAGAGAAAGAUGAUGAUAAGGAUGACACUGCUAAGAGAAGUGAAGACAAUGAUAAGAAGCAGGAACCUGACAAUGUUGCUGAAUCAAAUAACGGUGAAACAAGGAUUGGGAACAUUUUGUAUUUGCCAGUAGAGGAAGACUCCAAUGGUCACUUGACAGUUCAGGCAGUGGAGAAAACUCAAAAUACUCUGUCCAAGCUCAGUGCUGAUGAUUUUGGAGCUAUUUCUAAAUCAGAUACUAACAUUGCUGAAUUGGGUGUAGGAGAAAAGAUAGAAAACGCGGAUGUGGAGAAGACUAGGUCAUCAUCCACCAGCUCCCUCGGGCCGUUCAGCCCCACCCCUCAUCUGAAUGCGUUUGUUAACUACGCUUCUGGGUUUUUCCAGAGGCAUGCUUCAGACAGCAGUAUCAAAGACCUUAAAGAUGUGAUAAUGGAUACUUUGACUGAUUCCAAGUCUUCAAGUGAAUCAAAGAUAAUUGGUAAGACUGAAAGAUCGGAAAGUUCUUCCGAUAUGGAUCAGACCGAUGGCAAAAAAGACAUUCCUGUGAUUUCAGCAGCGCCAACGGGAAGGAAACGUGGCAAACUGAGUCGCUAUAGCAACACUGCUGAAAGGCAGGAUGUUGCCGUGGAAAGUGCCGUUACCAUGGACGAUAAACCUGGAUUAUUCAACAUGGACUAUACAAAGGCUGAUUUAGAAGAAUACGCACCCCGUCGGUCAGUUGCAUUCUCCGAUCCCCCGCUGUACUUGUGCCUGCGUCUCGGCACGCCACAGAACAAACAUGUAUCACACAACUAUUCCAUCGAAGCGUACGGCAAACGGCGCAAGAAGUCAGAAUAUUGGUUCUCAAUUCCAAGAGAUAAGGUAGACCACCUGUAUGCGUUCUUCGUCCAGUGGACUCCACAGAUUUACGGAGACGAGGAGGAGAUAACUCCGGAGCUCCGCGGAUUUGUUGUCAUUGAGGAACCUGAGGACAUUGAUGACCUUGAAAUGCUGGACGAACAUUUCGGGCCUGACUCAGCCUUUCAGAAAGACUGGGAGUUUUGCAGCAAAGAGGUCAUCAGUCAGAGUGAGGCUUUAAAGCGAAGUUCGAUCGUGUUUGAUGAGCCGAUACCGCUACCAGAAUUAAUCGGGGAGUCGACUAUACUGACAGAUGAACAUAUCUCUGAGCUAAGCUUGGAGAUGCCAGGACGGACUAUAGGUUACCCCUGGACGCUGAUAUACAGUACAGAUAAACACGGUUUCUCUCUCAAAACACUGUAUCGCUACAUGCGUGACCUUGACAGCCCAAUACUCAUUGCUGCCAAGGAUACAAAUAAUCAUGUGUUCGGAGCCCUGUUAUCUUGCGAGGUGAAGCGAAGCGACCAUUUCUACGGCACGGGGGAGACGUUUGUGUAUACGUUUUGUGAGGGCUUUCAUGUGUUCCACUGGACGGGAGAGAAUAACUUCUUUAUCAAGGGAAAUCAAGACAGCCUUAGUAUUGGGGCAGGACAAGGGAAAUUUGGACUAUGGUUUGAUGAAGAUCUUUACCACGGACGGACCAACAAGUGUGAAACCUUUAAUAACGACAUACUCACAGAGUCUGAAGAUUUCGUGCUGAAAGCAUUCGAGGCAUGGGCUUUUGUGUCAGAAUGAGAUGAAGCAUUCGAGGUAUUGCCCUUUGUGUUGGAAUGUGGUAAAAGCAUUCGAGGCAUGGGCCUUUGUGUUGAAAUUAGUUGAAUCAUUCAAGGCAUGGGACUUAGUGUUGAAAUUAGAUGAAUCAUUCGAGCGUUGGAUUUUAGGUAAAAGCAUUUGAGGCAUGGGCCGUUGUGUUGAAAUUAGAUGAAUCAUUCGAGGCAUGGGACUUAGUGUUGGAUUUAAGGUAAAAGCAUUCGAGGCAUGGACCUUUGUGUUGAAAUUAGAUGAAUCAUUCGAGGCAUGGGUCUUUGUGUUGGAUUUUAGGUUAAAGCAUUCGAGGCAUGGGCGUUUGUAUUGGAAUGAGAUAAAGCAUUCAAGGUUUGGGAUUUUUUGUCAGAAUGAUUCAAGCAUUCAAGACCUUGGCUGUUGUGUCUAUCUAUGGAGUGUAGACGAGAUUUAGACCAUUGUAUGCUGAAAGAAAGAAUUGAAUGUGAAUAAAAAACUAUUUGACUAAUAAAAAAAGGUUUUGACGGUAAACAUGUUUUAAGUUAAUUUAAAGCAUUUGACUGAGAAUAACUUUUAUUUUUCAAUGCUAUUAAACUUAACAAUUGAUAAGGCUAAAAAAAUAAUUUUAAAGUUGAAUAAGUUUACAACUGCAAAUUCAUUUCACUUUUAUAAGGUUUGGUUUAUGGAGGGACAGUUAAAAUGUGGGGCAUCUUUUGUGCUGUUUGAUUAGUUUGUUAAUAUUACCAUGUUAAGGGAAUAUUAACUUGGAAUAAAUAAAUUUUGUUAUUACCAUGUUAAGGGGAUAGUAACUUUGUUUAUUGCAAUGUUAAGGGAAUAUUAACUUGUUUAUUACCAUGUUAAGGGAAUAUUAACUUGUUUAUUACCAUGUUAAGGGAAUAUUAACUUGUUUAUUAUCAUGUUAAGGGAAUAUUAACUUGGAAUAAAUAAGUUUUGUUAUUACCAUGUUAAGGGGAUAGUAACUUUGUUUAUUGCAAUGUUAAGGGAAUAUUAACUUGUUUAUUACCAUGUUAAGGGGAUAUUAACUUGGAAUAAAUAAGUUUUGUUAUUACCAUGUUAAGGGGAUAGUAACUUUGUUUAUUGCAAUGUUAAGGGAAUAUUAACUUGUUUAUUACCAUGUUAAGGGAAUAUUAACUUGGAAUAAAUAAGUUUUGUUAUUACCAUGUUAAGGGGAUAGUAACUUUGUUUAUUGCAAUGUUAAGGGGAUGGAAUAAAUGAGUUUUGUUAUACUUGUGUUCAGAGGUUUAACUUGAUAUUACAAAUCAGAAAGAAGGUUUUGUGAUUUUAUUUGAAUGAUUUUCUUUAAAAGUCCCAAAACAUCUUUAAAGAUAAUAAUAUUGAACAGGCCCUUGGAGCAUUAAACCAAGCUUUGUGUGUUGUUUAUAAUUUGUAGUUUUUAAAUUUCCAUCAUACAUUAAAAAAUCAUUUUUUUCAUAAUUUUGUUAUUUUGUGGUAACAUUUUUUGCCAUUUAAUUUCUUAUAUAUAUCAAAAAAUAAUGUUUACUGACAUGCCAGUUGUAUUGUUCCAGUGAUGAUAUUGCUUUGUUUAAAGCUGCUCUCUCACAGAUUGACAGUUUUGACUUUUGUCUCAGAAUCAGCUGAUUAUGGCUUCAAUGCCUUCAAUUCAGUCAUAUCAGAUGACUCACAAUAGACCAGAUUUCAAUUGCUUGAAAAACUGCCUAAAGACUGAUUACUCAAAAAACAUAAGCAACGCUUCUAGCCAUAAAUAUCCAUUUUUCGAACUUAGAUUUGAAAAAAUGUGAUCUGAUAUUUUGUGAGCAGUCUUGUAUCACUGUUUUUCAGACAUUUACGCAAAAAAUGGCUCAUUUCAAGACCAAAAAAAAAGUUGCCAAAACUGUCAAUCUGUGUGCAGCUUUUUGGCUAAACAAAGAUUACAUCUUCACUUAAUAGUUUCUAGUCUUUUGUUUAUUGUUUAUAAGAGGUUUUCUGAACAACAAUCAUUUAGUGUCAUUUGAAUGUUAAAUAAAGGUAUGUAGAAGUAUUUUUAGGCACACACAGUAUUAAUACUUGGAUAAUAAACCCCUGUACAUUAACAUUUUCAGCUUAUGUUCAGCAAAAUGUUUCAUGCAAUUUGUUAAAAAAUGUGAAUAUAAUCAGAAUGUUAUGUCGUAAAGAAACAAAAAUGAUGAAAAAAGUCACACAUACUAAGGAACGAUUGUAUGUUGUGUUUUAACUGUGAUCCAUUUGUGUUCAAAUGUUCACUUGUAUAUUUGCCAAUGUUAACCUGUUUGUAUGAAAAUGUUCACUUGUAUACUAGUUUUGCCAAUGUUGACAUGUAUAAAUGAAAAUGUACACUUGUAUAUUUGCCAAUAUAAAUUUGUUUAGGUGAAAUGGUCACUUGUAUUUGUAAAUUUAUACUUGUUUAUUUGCAGAUUUUCUCUUGCAUAUUUGUAAAUAUUAACCUGUAUAUUUGCAAAAGUUAAUUGGUAUUUUGGGAGUGUUCAGUGAUAUAUUUGCAUAAUGUCCACUGGUACUUUUGCAAAUGUUAGCCUAUGUAUUUGUAAAUGUCCACUUGUAUAUUGGCAAAUGUAAACCUGUAUGUUUGCAAAAGUUAACUUAUUCUAUUGCCAAUGUUAAUUUUUAUGGUUUUCAAAUCGUCACUUUUAUAUUUGCAAAUAUAGACCUGUAUAUUUGCAAGUUUUCUGUACUUUAGCCAAUGUUAACUUAUUUACUUGCAAAUAUCAAUUCCUGUAUUUGCAAAUAUAAGCCUGUAUAUUUGCAAAAGUUAACAUGUAUGUUUGCCAAUGUUAACUUCAAUAUUUGUGCAUGCCACUUGUAUUUUUCCAAAAGUUAAAGGCCUAGUUUAAGGAAAUGUUGGCAUGUUAACUCCCUGCUGUGCAUCCCUUGUUAAUUGCCCUUGUGUGAAAGCAGGGGUCAAUUUCCUGUCCAUUUGUUUAUUGGCUCUGAGAGCCAUUUAGAAUUUACACUUUCAGAGUUGAUUAUCUUAUAACCUAUAAAGAACUGCACAGCAGGACACUCAGAUCUGAGAUCUGAUAGACAGCAAACAGCAAUAUAUAUUAGGAUCAAUACACAGAAGUUGUGUAAUAUAUACGGAUGGGUGGCCUCUAAUAGAAGACUUAAACUAGCCUUUUAAGCUGUUAUGAUAUUUGCAAGAUAUAGCUUCCGCCAAUGUUAACAUGUAUGUUUGCAAAUGUUCACUUUUAUAUCUGCUGCAAAUAUACUUUUUCAGUCUAUGCAAUGUAACAUUGUUGUGGGCCAUGAUGGACUUUAAAUAUAUUAAUCAAGAUAGUAAAAAUAGUUUCAAAGUAAAUAUUGUAACUCUAGAUCUGUAAUGUAUCUUAGUCCAUAAGAAAUUGAAGUACAAAACAUUAUGUUUUCACUUGUUAAAUAUAAAGUGAUAUUGCUUUUCCUAUUGUGCAUUUUAACAGAUUGAUUAUUAAAUUGUUUAUGAACAA